GUAGUGGAAGUUGAAAAGUUUUUUUGUCUGGAUAUGAGCUUGACAACCCAAUGGGGAGUCUUCCGGCCUUCAAGAUAAGACGAUGAUGGAGGGAUCGGAUAACUGGAUUUUGAAACUGGUCGAGUGUUUUAUCCUUUUCCUCUUCAUACUUGUUCAAUCAACUUGUGCACAAGAAGAAUUUGUGAGCAUAGCAUGCUGCGCAGACUCAAACUUCAACGACCAAAACAUAAAUAUAAAUUGGACAACAGAUAAUAGCUGGUUCCCUAAUAGAACUGGUUGCCGAAGUGUAGUAGAAGAGGGACUGGGGAAUCAUGAGGGAUAUGUCAUGAAAGCCCGAAUAUUCACCAUAGAUUCAGGGAAGAGAUGUUAUAAUUUGACAACAAUUGAGGAGCAAGACUACCUAGUAAGGGCUACAUUUCUUUUUGCUGAUUCACUCAACAUAACUUUGGACACAUCCUUCGAUGUUUUGGUUGGUGUCACCCCAAUCGGUCGAGUGAACUCGUCCAAGAACUUGGAAGUGGAAGGGAUUUUUAGAGCUGCCAAGGACCAUAUUGACUUUUGCUUAGAGAAGGUCAAGGGAGAUCCUUACAUUUCAAAGCUUGAACUAAGGCCUCUGGAAAAUUUGUACUACCUGAAGGAGAUCAUUUCUCCUAGUGUUUUGAAAGUGAUUAGUAGAAUUGAUGUGGGAGGAGGAGCUGCUAUCAGGUACCCAGAGGACGAAAGUGACAGAAUUUGGAAACCAUUAGAAAAUUCACCACCCGCAGUGACGAACCUUUCCAGCUUUCCGAACGACAAAGCUAACAAUGUGACAGCACCUAAUUUGAAAGUCCUCCUGACAGCUCUAAACCAUUCCGAGAGAUUGGAGUUCCGCGAAGAUCUCGACAAACAUCACUCUGAUUACCGUGUGAUCCUCUACUUCCUUGAGCUCAACGGCAAUGUUAAAUCUGGGGAAAGGGUGUUUGAUAUUUACAUUAACAAUGAUAAAUUAAGGCAGAAUUUUGAUAUAUUGGCUAAUGGGUCCAACUAUAAGGAGGUUGCUUUGGAUGUUAAAGCAAAUGGGUCUCUUAAUAUGACUUUGGUCAAGGCCUCAGGUGGUGUCUUUGGGCCCAUUUGCAAUGCCUAUGAAAUCUUGCAAGUGCACCCAUGGGUGAAAGAGACUAACCAGAAAGAUGUGGAUGUGGCCUUGAACGUGAGGAAUGAGUUACUGGCAUCUAACCAAGAGAAUGAACUGUUGAAAAGUUGGUCUGGAGAUCCAUGUCUUCCAAACCCCUGGCAUGGUUUAGGUUGUGAGCCCUAUAAUGGUUCAGUUAUCAUCACCAGUUUGGAUCUCUCUUCAAGUGAACUUCAAGGGUCAAUCCCUCCCAGUAUCGCUGAACUGGCCAAAUUAAAAACACUGAAUCUGAGCUACAACUGUUUCAAUGGCAGUAUUCCAGAGUUUCCUGCUUUUUCCGUGCUAGAGUCAAUGGAUAUCAGACACAAUCAGCUUACAAGACAACCUCCAGAAUCUCUUAUCUCGCUGCCACAUUUAGAAUCACUAUAUUACGGGUGCAAUCGUUAUUUAGACAAAAAACUUCAACCCAGAUUCAACGAAUCAAGACUUCGUACAGACUCUGGAAGAUGUGAUUCUGAAGGACGAACACAUAAACCAGUAAUCGUCAUUGGCGUUGCAUGUGGAUCAUUUCUAUUUACCAUUGUAGUUGGAAUCGUUUUUGUUUGCAUUUACAGACGAAGAUUAAGGCACAGGGGAGGAUUUGAUAAUAAAGAACAGCAUAUGGUUGAGAAUAUACUUAUCUACCUACCCAGCAAAGAUGAUAUUAGUACAAAGUCAAUAGCUAUUGAGAAGUUUACACUGGCAUCGAUAGAGGCUGCCACCGAGAAGUACAAAACCUUGAUAGGCGAAGGGGGAUUUGGGUCGGUUUUCCAUGGCAUGCUACUUGAGGGCCAGGAAGUGGCAGUAAAGGUUCGGUCAGCAGAAUCUACUCAGGGAACCCGGGAAUUUGAGAACGAGCUAAACCUGCUCUCAGAGAUUCGACACGAGAACCUGGUGCCUCUUCUUGGUUAUUGUAGUGAAAAUGACCAACAAAUUCUUGUUUAUCCUUUUAUGUCUAAUGGCUCCCUACAAGAUCGUCUCUAUGGGGAUGCAGCAAAAAGGAAAACUCUGGACUGGCCAACCAGACUUUCUAUUGCUCUAGGUGCUGCUAGAGGUUUGCAAUAUCUUCACACGUUUGCUGGGCGUUGCAUAAUACAUAGGGAUGUAAAAUCAAGCAAUAUACUCUUGGAUCAUACAAUGUGCGCAAAGGUUGCAGACUUUGGUUUCUCAAAGUACGCUCCUCAGGAAGGGGACAGUGGUGUUAUUUCUCUGGAAGUGAGAGGAACAGCUGGUUACCUAGAUCCAGAGUACUAUACGACCCAGCAGUUGUCUGUAAAAAGUGAUGUCUUCAGCUUUGGUGUGGUUCUACUUGAAAUUGUAACUGGUCGUGAGCCUCUCAACAUACACAGGCCACGCAAUGAAUGGAGCUUGGUUGAAUGGGCCACACCCUAUCUAAGAGAUCAAAAGAUUGAUGAAAUCGUGGACCCUAGCAUCAGGGGUGGGUACCAUGCAGAGGCAAUGUGGAGAGUUGUGGAAGCCGCACAGUCAUGUAUUGAGACCAGUGCUGCUUAUCGGCCAUUCAUGGCCAAUAUUGUCCGGGAGCUGGAGGAUGCUUUGAUCAUAGAGAACAAUGCAUCUGAAUACAUGAAGUCCAUAGACAGUUUGGGAACUUCCAACUCCAAUCGCUUCUCUGUUGUCAUGGACAAAAGAAUUGCUCUACCACCAAUGUCAACUCCAUCAGAACCGUUGUCUAUUAUGACGCAACAACCCUCUCCUCCCCAGCCAAGAUAACAAGUACAAUGAGUGAAUAUGAUGUUUCAUCAAUAUAUGAAUGGUGGAGUUUUCCUUUUUCUUCCAUAGUCCAACAUGUAUUGAUAUGUCAAUGACUCAAUGAUGACCUUCUAGUUACAUCAUAUGCUAAUGAUAAAAGGAAAAAUGAGGAUGAUCCUCCAAUACUCUAGCUUAUGAAUCUUGCUGUUUAUUCGACAUUCAUUAGGUUGUAAAACUCAAGAGAGUUGAAUUUAUGCUAAAAUGCUAUUGAAGAACAUAUGGACAUUGCACAAGUAUGAGUUCAGCAUAUCUUGCCAAAAAUCAGAUGGGUCGUUUAUCCUGGGAGUUGAUGAAUGUUCAUAAACCUGGAAAGCCAAAUAAUUCAUGCAAGACAGGCUAGCUAAACAUUCAUUGAGUUGACUCAACCCCAUUAAAUCUGUAUGGUACCUGCACCAUAGAUUUAUCUCCUAGAGCUCGA